GCUUCGGGUACCGGCCGGGACACUCCUUGUCGGCGAGGCGGGCCGGUCCCCACCCGGGGAGGUACCGUCCGGCCGCCCCGCCCGUGCACUUCCUCAGCGGCCCGCGAAGGCGGCCGCUGCAGCCGUCGUGUCCCUGCGUGGGGCGCAGGCGAAGAGGCGCGGCGGGACGAUGACCCAGAGCCGGGAGCCGCGUCCCGCCGCUCCGUUAGACGGGGAGCUGGAGGCGCUGGGGUGGUAUCAUGAUAAUCUUACCCGACAUGCAGCAGAAGCGCUGCUGCUUUCCAACGGUCAGGAUGGAAGCUAUCUCUUGAGGAAGAGUAAUGAAAGGGAAGAUCUGUACUCGCUCUCUGUAAGGGGAAAAGAUUCUGUCAAACACUUCCUUGUUGAACAUACAGGAACUUCUUUCAAAUUUGGAUUUAACGAAUUUUCUAGCUUGAAGGAAUUAGUCAUGCAUUUUGCAAAUCAGCCUUUAAUUGGAAGCGAAACAGGAACCUUAAUUGUAUUGAAGCAUCCCUACCCACGGGAAGUAGAAGAACCUUCCAUUUACGAGUCUGUCCGAGUUCACACAGCCAUGCAGACAGGAAGGACAGAAAGCGACCUUGUUCCAAAUGCUCCUUCACUUGGUACAAAAGAAGGAUAUUUGAUAAAACAAGGCAAAAUAGUCAAGAAUUGGAAGACAAGGUGGUUUACACUGCAUAGGAAUGAACUUAAGUAUUUCAAAGACCAGACAGCCACAGAGCCGAUUCGGGCACUUGACUUAACUGAAUGCUCAGCUGUGCAAUUUGACUAUUCCCAGGAAAGAGUCAAUUGUUUCUGUUUAGUGUUCCCACUAAGGACGUACUACCUGUGUGCGAAAACUGGAAUAGAAGCUGACGAGUGGAUUAAAAUACUGCGAUGGAAACUGUCACAGAUACGGAAGCAACUGGAGCAGCGUAACGCCACCCUGAGCUCCUAGCUGCACCUCUCCUGCUUCCCUCCAUUGGCAGGAACUGCCUCCUGGCCAAGGAAGGGCAUCGCUUACAAGAGGACAGUUUCA